AUGCGUAUGCGAGAAGGCCGCUCGUCGGCGGCGGCGGCAGAGCAAGCGGCACAGCAGCGCGUGCUGCGGCGGAACCUGCGCUCGGAUCGGAUGGAGUCCAGAGGCAAGGAGCGGUCUUUGGAGCAGGUCCAAGAACACGAUGAGCAUGUCAGCAAGAAGCGGCGCCAUGGAGUCAUGGGAGCAGAAACGACAGAAUCACUGGAUCAGAUCCAAGGUAACUCUAGCACCGACGAAUGGUGCUCCGAGUUCGAGGCUGAGGAGAAAGUUGCUAGUCAACUAGCCAAGAAACCAUGGUUAAAUCCAGCAGAUGUAAUGGUGAACAUAAAAUCGGUUUCGCUUCUCUCCACUGAAAUAAGAUCCAGCUUAGAGCGCACCAUGCAAGUAUGGGGUUACAUCAACAAGCUUCUUCGCCACCCCGAAUCAAACAAAAAAAUCGUGGUUCCUAAAUCAUACGAAUCAUGGAUAAGCAUGGCAAUGGGAUACGUGCGGCAGGAUUUGGACAAGAUCAAGGAGCUGAUAGGUGCGCCUGUGCUGGACAAGGUUGCUCUGGUCGCCAAGAUAGCAAAGAGCCUAGAGAGCUGGAAAAUGCUGUUGCAUGGUCAUGCCGUCUCAAAGGAGGUAUCCAGUUUGAUGCGCGAGCUAGAGGAUCUGAAGAAAAACCUCUCUGAUGAUGACGCAAAAGCGACGAAGCAAAGCGAAGAAGAACAAAUAAUGCAGGGCCAUCGGACCACGGAAAAUAAUUCCCUUCGCUCUGUGACGCGUGGCCUUGCCUCUAUCAAGGAUUAUGAUGCGGCCUUGGACUGGGAGAAACUCGUCGGAGAAGCGGAGAGGAAGAGGCAGCGUCUCUCAAAGGUCAAGGAGCUGGAGAGAGCGCUGCGCCUGGCGCAGUCCGAUCUCUCCAAGGAAGAGGAGCGUGAAGCAAACAGAGUGACCUCACGCGCCCGGCACAGCAACACGGUGAGCAGAGUUUCAGAAGCUGUCACAGAUCUUUCAAAGCUACUGGCACAGACCAACACCUGCUGGGAGGCCAUGAGAGGUAGCAUCCAAGACGAAGGGAUCUCGGCACAGCUGUGGUUCCAGCUCAAAUUCGUGGAGUCAUGCCAAAUUAAAAUAGAGGGUGCUGAUGAUGAUGAGUAA